AUGGAAAAACUUAUUACAUCGUUGGAUAGAGCUCAUCGAGUUCUAGUUGGAACACAGUGGGAACAACCUCCAACACUUCCUGGGCGAAUUAUUGCUGGAAUUAUUCGAAUGGGAUGUCAACGACACUUACGUAUACUGGAGACACCAUUCACAGAAAAAGUCCUCCAAAUCAUUGAUGCACUUAAAUUAGAACACAUGUUACUCCCCAAAAAAUAUUCAAUAAAACGACAACUAACGAUGUUUUAUCAUUUAAAAAUCAACGGAAUUGAACAUCAGUUAAUAUAA